AUGGGUUGUCAGCCAACUAAAAUCAAUGAUACAGCUCAACAAUCCACAAUGAUAAAACCGUUUAAUACACAUCAACUUGAAACUGAAGAAUUUCAAAGAAGGACGGGCGACAGAAUUCAGAAAAAGUCUGUUGAACUUGACGUUGAUUACAAUACCGAAGAAUAUUUGAGAGACGAUCGAUUUUUUUUUCCACAAAAACCAGUUAAAUCCUUUCGUGAUGAAUUACAUGGUAAUUCACAUUUUAUCAAAGAAUGGAUGAAACGAUAUCCUAAUAUAAGUGUUCAAGAUCAAACAGAACAAGCAGCAAGAGGAAUACUAUACGAAGCUGAAUUACUCAAUCAACAAUUUGAAGGUGAUUGGUUUUCCAAACAAUUGCAACAAGUGAAAGACAAAGAUCGAACAGAUAUUCUAAAAUGUUGUAUAUCUCUCUAUACAACAGAAGGUUUUCUCUAUAAACUUAUUAAUAAAACGUUGAGAGAUAACGAUAUGAGUAAACUGGAUACAUUAGGCGCAUAUUGUGAUUUUCUUUAUCAGUGUGAUGCAUCACGUGCAUUUAGUAUGAAUAGUUAUACGGGUUUGGUCUAUCGUGGUGCCCAUUUGGAUUCACAUAUGAUCAGUAAUUAUCAAGAAGCAGUCGGAACAGAGAAGGCGUGGGAUGCUUUUACUUCUACAAGUAAAAAUCGAACAAAAGCGGAGCGAUUCGGCAAUACUCUGUUUAUUAUCAAUAUCAAAAAUUCCAAAUAUGUUCGUGGUCUUGAUAUAUCCCCCUAUUCUAAAUACCCUACGGAGGAAGAGGUACUUAUAUCAGCAGCAAGAAUAUUUCAUAUUGAUAAAAUCGAUUAUGACGAUACAACUAUGAAACAUUACAUUUAUCUUACGAUCGAUUAA